AUGGCCACCGCUGCAGCACCUUCGUUUCAUUCGACAAAAGAGACAACCAAUUACGCCCGCUUAUGCAGGCUUCUAGUGGGUGUCAGUGCACAUAUCUUGAGAGAGACAUUUGACAAAAGGCGUCCGCCAGGAAACCUGGAUACAGUUUUGUCCAGUCCUCCGAUUCAUCGAGUGCUAAAAUCACUCCGAAAUAAAAAAAUACUCAAUCCUUCACAAUGGGACAAACUGUACCCCGCCAUCAAGUCUUCAGUUUCAUCAAAGAAUUUCGAUAUCACACUACUGAUGGUCCUGCUGAGGAACAUUUGUGGUCUUGCUCCUCCAGCUACCGGCUGGGAUACACUUCCUCCUGCAGCAGACACAACCCUUGAGGCAGAUAUCGUUCGUAUCAAGUGCUACAGAAACACAGUUUAUGGUCAUGCCAGCGAGGCCUCAGUUGAUGACCCAACAUUCAAUCAAUAUUGGCAGGACAUCCAAGAUGCAUUGGUGAGACUGGGAGGAGCUGGUUAUCAGAGUGCUAUUGAUGAUCUGAAAAAGGAAUGCAUGGACCCUGAUUUCGAAGAACACUAUAAAGAGCUUCUUAAAGAGUGGGUAGUUGAUGAAUUCAGCAUCAAAGAAAGACUGGAUGAAAUGGCAGAGCACUUUGGUAAAAGCCUGGAUGAAUUAAAGGAGGCAAUCGUUAACCCUAUAAAGAAAGCAGGAGACAAAGGUAUUGUGUGUUAACAGUAAAAUCUGUGCAACGGCUUUUUGAUCUUUCAUGAGAAAAGAAAUUUGAAGAGGAAGAUUGAAGGGCCUCUCAUCAGAGGGUAAUGAGCAAUUUAGCAAUCAGUUCAUUACAGUAUUAUAAAAUGCCUACCUUUAAAAAUAACUCAAACUCGGAGAAAUAUCUUCCACUGGAACUGAUCCAUUUCUCUCUGACUCAAAAUUGAAAAAAAGACCGGGUGUUGUGUUUUCCAUGUUUUUUUCGGGUGAUAAGCGAGUUAGUUAUUUUUUUAAUGUUUUUUUUUUGUUCCUCGUGCGGGAAGUAAAGAGAAUUCAUAGUUGAAAUAGGUUUAAAAAAACCCUAGUACGUCUGAUAAUAUUCCUGGUCGGGUUCGUCGAAAGAAAGAGAUGGAAAAAAAGCUAAAGUUCUUAAUGAAGUGGAGACGACAGGACGCAUUCUCUCCCCAAAGUGUACUUAAGCCUUACUUAAUCUCCAGCGUAAAAACAAAAACUAUGUGUUUUCGAAGUCAAAAUCGGUUCCUCCCGUACCACAAAUUCCUGGAUCCGCUCCCGAAAUGGGCCGGUUAGUGUCGGUAAUCAUAUGAUUUCGAGUACAAUUUUUAUAGGUAAUCACAAGAUUUCGAGUGCAAUUUGGAAUAAAUAAGUAUGAGUAAAUUUAAAUUUUUUUAUUAUUUUUUUUAUUAUUUUUUAAAUUAAAGACUAACAAAAUUGCACGAGCCCGUAGGGCGAGUACAAUUUGUGGUCUUUGAAAAAAUUAACAAAUGCUUGUUUAUUCCAAAUUGCACGAGAAAAAUCAUGCGAUUACGUGUUAAUAAUAUACAUGAAAAAAUACGAGAUGGCUUAACAUAAUUAAGCAUAAGCAAAGCGCGCGCAUCAAGUGCAAAAAAACAACCGCGUACGAUCAAAACAAUAAUAUGUAAUGAUAUCCUCACAUCUUUAAGGCGCAAAAAAGUUCAAAGUCCGGCUAAACAGUUCAAGGAAUUGUUCAGUCUGUGUCCGAAUCACUUUCGAUGAAAUGGAAUCGUCAUUUCCGAGGUUUAACCAUAUUCGUUUUUAAUUUCGGCGUUGGAUCGCUCGAGCAAAGUGUUUAGCUGGGUCGGCUCGUAAUUUUCGAUUUCCUUGCCAAUUCCCUUCUCUAAGCACCACUUUUUCCAAACCGACAACCAAGAAGAAGUGCUUUUUACAGUGUUUUUGUUGUUUGAGCUGUUUUUCAGCCGCGGUGGCGAAAGAAAACCUACUUAAAACGCCGGCCAUUGUUUCGCUCGGCCAUUGUUUCCCCUUCUGCACUGAAUUAACUCUCUUCUACACUGAAUUACCUGAAAACUGCAGGUAUCUUUAUCAAUCAGAACUGAGUAAUUUUUCCAUGUAUAUUAUUAAGGAUAAAUAAGCACGAGUAACUUUUUGAAAUGCGAGCAAAUUACACGAGCCAGUAGGGCGAGUGCAAUUUGUAGAUUUUGAAAGAUUUACAAAUGCUGCUUUAUCCCGAAUUGCACGAGGAAAAUCAUGCGUUUACUUUUUGAUAAUAUACUAGCAAAGAUAGGACUCUGUUUUCCUCUCUGGUUUUUUUUUUUCGUGUCAUGGCUCACUAGUUCGGCCGGGAUUAAUUGACGUGUUCUCAGCCAAUGAACGUUCUCAAAUGUUUGCACACAUAUUAAUCAAAAUGAAAUAAUUUAACCUUUACACCAACCCCCUGUUACGCUUUUCUAAUUGCUCUGUCAGAAUUUGAUGUCAAUUAAUUGCCAACGGAUUCAAAAUUAACUUGCACUUUUUGGAAAGCCUAGUUAAAGCAAAACUCAGCUAGCGUGAUAACCAAUCGCGUUGCAAGUCAGGCAGUUCAAUAACUGUUCGCCGAGUAUUGGAAAAGUUAAUACAUGAAGGGUUCAUGAAAAUAAAUGCAGGUAAUGGUUUUCUUUUCAGCUGUAGCGGAAUACUCCGAUGCGUUGAAAGAAUCAAUAAAAAGCCAAACCGAGUACCUCGCUCAGGCCUCACCAAAUAUGUCCAAUGUGAGAACAGAUGACAUAUUCACCAACAUUCUCAUGCAACAUGGAAGAAAGCCAGUCAAAGAUCUUGAUGUGAAACGAAAAGAACGCCUUCGCCAGUACGGUCAAAUAAGUGGAAAGCAAAUUAAAAGCUCUCAAGAAAUUUUCAUCCCAACCGAUGGGAAACAUCCAGAAUCUGUUCUUGUCACUGGAAAGGCAGGCAUCGGUAAAACACUGUUUUGUCAAAAGUUGAUCAAAGAUUGGGCUGACAACAAAUUGUUUCGAUCCAGAGCAAAUGCAGAAGUACCUGAUUUUAAGUUUACAUACUUGCUCACGUUCCGUCAGCUUAAUCUACUUGGGGACGACCCUGUUACCUUGAAGGAUAUCUUAAACCGAUCUUCAGUGCUAGAUGACCACUCAAAUAUCGACGACUCUAUAUUUGAGUACAUUCUUCAUCAUUCCGAAGAAGUUUUGAUUAUCAUCGACGGGUACGACGAGUGUUCACAACGACAGUACAUCGCUAGUGAUUCGGAUGAAAAGUACCCAAAUAACGCCAAAGAGAAAAUGCCAGUAGCGGCACUGUGUGCUAAGCUUAUCAAAGGAAAAAUACUGAGAGGUUCGGUCGUCAUGAUCACUUCAAGACCCGACGAAUCUGACGAAAUGAAAGCCAAAGAUAUCUAUUUUGACAGAUACCUUGAAAUUACAGGAUUUUCCGAGCCACAGGUAAAAGAAUACAUUGGAAAGUAUUUCAAAAACAACGACCGAAUGAAAAACAUUGUAAUGGACCACAUUACAAAGAAUGUCAAUCUUGUCAGCUUUGCCCACGUUCCUGUGCUUUGUUUUCUUAUGUGCUCUUACUUUGAAUAUACUCUACAGCAACCAAAGAAGAAUAAUCCUCUCCCGGUGAAAACAAGUGACCUCUAUGAUGAAGUGGUCCACAUGUUUGUGCAAAAGCACGAUAGAAAGAAAAGCGCCUCUGUCGAAGAGACUCUGGAUGAAUUAUCAAAGCUGGCAGCUCAACUCCUUGAGGAGAGAAAGUUUCUUUUCCUUAAAGAGGAUUUGAAAACUUUGAACUUACACGAGCUUGAAAGUCUGUGUGGAAGCGGUCUUCUUCAUUGCGGUCCUCCUUUCAGAACAUCUUUUUCUGCGACGACUAAACAUUUUUGUUUUACGCAUUUGACUCUCCAAGAGUACUUAGCGGCUCGUUGGUUCGUAAAGACAAGAAAAAUCCCACCUGGAGAUGUGUCCACAGAAGUAGUUCUAUUUAUGUCCGGUAUUUUGUCCAAGGAGGAAGACAACGAAUUUGUGAAAAAGUUGAUUAUCGAGAAAAUUCUCAGCGUCUCAUUGACAGAUACAACUACAAAGGGGUUAUUAAUUUCCAAGUGUCUUCUACAAUACGAAGACAUCGAGUUCUCCAAGGAAAUAGUAAAGGAAUUUCGCAACGUAUUCUGCCCACGUGUUGGACAUUUUGGUCUUUCUGGCUUCGAGAGGGCCAAUGUGGACUGCAUGGCUGUGUCCUUUGCAUUAAAUGUUUUUGGUGCACUUAAUGCAGAGGACGAACCUGAAUGGAGUAGAAUCACCACUCUUAGCCUAAGUGAUCAGAAUGUCGCCAAUUUUGCCAGUCUAUGUCAAGCAUUACAGACACCAACAUGUAAAGUCACAAACCUUCAUCUGAACAAUAAUCAUAUCACCGAUGCCGGUGUUGCCAGUCUAUGUCAAGCAUUCCAGACACCAGCAUGUAAAGUCACCGAACUUGAACUUGGUUGCAAUCAGGUCACCGAUGCCGGUGUUGCCAGUAUAUGUCAAGCAUUACAGACACCAACAUGUAAAGUCACCAAACUUGAUGUGGCUAGUAAUCAGAUCACCGAUGCCGGUGUUGCCAGUCUAUGUCAAGUAUUACAGACACCAACAUGUAAAGUCACCGAACUUAAUCUGCGUGAUAAUCAGGUCACCGAUGCCGGCGUUGCCAGUAUAUGUCAAACAUUACAGACACCAACAUGUAAAGUCACCAAACUUCUUGUGGGUGGUAAUCAGAUCACCGAUGCCGGUGUUGCCAGUCUAUGUCAAGCAUUACAGACACCAACAUGUAAAGUAAACGAACUUCUACUGGCUGGUAAUCAGAUCACCGAUGCCGGUGUUGCCAGUCUAUGUCAAGCAUUACAGACACCAACAUGUAAAGUCACCUCACUCUAUCUGUAUGGUAAUCAGAUCACCAAUGCCGCUUUUAACCGUCUAAAGUAUAUUUUGGAAGAAAAGAUUCGUAACAUGAAAAGUCACCGAACUUGA